AUGCAAAGGGCAAUGGUGGUGGUAGCCCAAGCCCACGUGCCUCCUAGCUGCGCCCCCUCCACGCCGCUACCGCUACCUGAGCUCCUCCAGCUGCUCCUGCCCGAGCAUCUCCCUAGCGCCACAGCCGCCAAGCGUGCCAUCCGCCGGCGGCUGGUGCUCCGUGUCCCAGCGACCCACGGGUCGUCACCUGCCACGCUCACCGCAACGGUCCCCGCAUGCGAUGCGCUGCAGCCACCGGUGGCCGAGGCGCUUCCCACGGACCACCAGCCUGCAGCCGGUGGGGUGGUACUGUCUACGAGCGAUACAGCAGCUCCAGGGGAUGUGCUGCAGCUGCUGGCGCGUCGCGGCACCGGGUUCCAGGGCUGGGUCGGGCCACCGGGCACCGCCACCGUCGUUGAGUCCCCUUCCUCUUCCGCCGCGGCCGCCGCCGCUACGGAGAAACCGCGUCGCGGUGGUGGAUCGCUGCUGCAUGGCCUGCCGGUCGCCUACGAGGACGAUCACUUGGCGGUGGUCAUCAAGCCGCCGGGUAUUGCGACGCAGGGCUCAGGUUCUGGAACCGUGCAGGGUCGCCUCAAGUAUUGCCUCCGCGCCUCGCCCCUCGUCGGCGCGCUCAACAGGCCUCAGCAGGUUCAUCGGCUGGAUGCGCCCACAGGGGGUCUGCUGCUGGUGGCUAAGACCCACGCGGCGCAGAGGAGAUUGGCAGGCGACCUGCAUCACAGGAGAAUGGCAAAGAGGUACUGCACACUGGUCAAGGGUGAACGGUACGGCUCCGGAACCAUCGACAUGCCUCUGUCCGGCAAGCCCUGCCUCACAUCCUUUCGCGUCGUGUCCAAGCGGGGGUUAUCCCACACGACAGAGGUGGUGGCGUCCGCAGCAAUUGGGGCUCGCAUGGCAGCUGCAUGGACGGGCGGGGAGAAGGCGGUGCGGUGUGGGCCAGGCCCCGCCGCUGCCGCCGGCCGCCGCCAUCUGGACGUACUCACAAAGAUUCUCUUGUGGCCUCACACAGGCCGCACCCACCAGCUUCGGAAGCACAUGGCAUAUACAGGCACACCCAUCCUGGGAGACCCACGGUACCGGGUGAUGCGCAACAGUGCCGACCCACGGGUCGCUGAUGGUACCAGCACUGCUUUUGCUGCCACCGCAUCGGCGGCUGAUGAGCUCGAUGCUGCGGAGUUGUUGGGAAUGAGGCAUGAAGGAGGGGAGGUUAGCGGGCAGGAGGAGGACGAGAGUGAUCAGUUCGUGGAGGGAUCAAUGACAUCGGUUUCGGAGCAGCUCGGGGAAAGCGAUGCCCUCGUUGCUGGCCGUAGUAAACCGGGUUGUACGAGGGAAGGCGCGGAGAGGGAUGAGGAGGGCGAGAUGUAUCAACCGCCCGCUGACGCUGACUGGGCUCUAGCUGUAGCGGCUGCAGCGGCAGCAACGGCGGCUGUAGCGGGUGGGGCCGACGACUGCGACUUCCUGAACGAUGGUUCGCCUGUUUCGCUGUGUCUUUGGGCUGUCGGGCUCCGCUUCCACCACCCGGUCAGCAGGCGGCGAAUCGAAGUGGACAUUUCGGAGUGGGCAGAUGUCGUUUUCGACGACAUCCUGCGGCGAAACGCCAUGACCGCCGCCGCUACUGCCACAGACACAGCUACAGAUACUGCGGGAGCUACAAUGACUACCUGA